AUGGCUAGUGAGGACAGCUUUCUAGUAUUGGUUCACCACAGAGGAUCGAUUAAGAAAAAAACUCGUUCCGGUGUGAAGUUCACCGAUAAGGAUCCUCUCUAUAUUAUCGUGAGUUCUACGACGAGCUUUGAUGACCUUGUUAGCUCUGUACUGAUGAAACUUGGUCUGGAAGGUGUGAAAAGGGUUAAGAAGUUUUUCUAUCGCAUUCCAAUCACGGUGCUCCAGGAUACCGUGAAGUAUGAUUGUUUCACGAUCAGGAGUGAUGAGGACUUGCAGCUCGGGGGUUCGAACCGGAAUAACACUUUAGCCACGGUUGCCAGUUCUAACUCCAGACCUGCCGUUGCUUCUUCCUCCAUCCCUGCGUACGAGCCACCCGUCCAGCCUGUCGCCUCCUCUUCGUUCGCUGUUGAUCUCAACGGUAGUGUUGGCGACGAAGUUGGAACAGGAGAAUUUAUACCGACCUCUGUACAGUGUGCUGCACCGGUUGAGGUUGGAGAUGGAUUGUUUGAUGAUAGAGAAGACGAUGAUGUCGAGCCGGAUAUGAUUGCUGAUGACAGUGGCGAUGAUAUUGGAGCGAGUCAGCCUGCAGGGGUGGGAGGUGGUUCUAGUUCUGGCACACAGCAGUACCCUCUAUAUUUUUCAUCUUUGGACCUGGAUGCCAUGAGGCCUGACGGGGUACCUGGGAAGCAUGCUGGAUUUGGCGCUAAAGAUGCAGAAGGAUCUGCUGGUAUGACAGAGUUCCAGGUUGGUCAGCAAUUUCAGGAUAAAGAUGAGGCCCUUUUAAGUGUGAAGACUUACAGCAUCCGCCGAGGGGUACAGUACAAGGUAGUGGAGUCUGAUUAUCGCCGGGUUGAUGCAUUCGUCAGCAUCAAGGUACUCCUAAAUGCGACGGCCUCACAUUAUGGGUUCAGGCCGACGUACAGGAGGGUCUGGUUGGCGAAGCAGAAGGCUGUUGCCGUCAUUUAUGGUGACUGGAAGAGUCGUACAAUGAGCUCCCAAUGUGGGUGUUAG